AUGAAUAUCGCACAGCCGGUCCCCUCCAAUGUGGAGACUGUGGAAUUCGAGUUCCUCUCGCCCAAGGAGAUCCGAGCCAUCUCCGUCAAGAGGAUUGAGAAUGACAGUACCUUCGACAAUCUCUUGAACCCAGUCCCUGGCGGUCUCUACGACCCAGCCCUUGGUUCUUGGGGCGAUGCACCAUGUUCCACUUGCAACCUGAACCAGGCUACUUGCCCCGGCCAUACCGGCCACAUCCAACUCCCCGUCCCGGUCUAUCACCCCAUAUUCAUGGACCAAGCAUACCGUCUCCUCAAGGCCAGCUGUGUUUACUGCAAGGGUUUUCGAAUGCCUCAGAAAGACUUGCACAAAUACAUUUGCAAGCUGAGGCUACUGCAGCAUGGUCUGAUCCAGCAGGCCCAUGUUGUGGGUUCCAUCGGCGAAAAUGAUCUAGCCAUCGAGGCUGGUGAGUUUUCUGGGUUAGAGGACGAGGCUGAAGAAGAGGGCAAUUCUUCAAUCGACAAUGUGACUCGUGCGAGGGAUAAGUAUGUCGAGAAGUGCCUUCGCGGCAUCAAGGUCAAGCGAGGCGACACCAAGAGAGGAAAGCAUGAAGGCGCCAGCGAGAUGCGGCGCGAGGUCAUCAAGGAGUUUCUGGCCGAGAUUACCAAGAGAAGGCUUUGCGCCAGCUGUGGUGGUAUCUCACCUUCUUAUCGCAAAGAUCGAUUUGUCAAGGUUUUCGAGAGGUCCUUGUCGGACAAGGAGAAAGCCAAGAUGGCUCAGAAGAAUUUCAAGCAGCGUGAUGCCAUGGCUAGAGUCCACCAAGUCACAUCAAAGCAGAAGCCUGAUGGAUACUCAUCCGACGAAGGUGUUGCGGAUGUAGGAUCACCAACUCGCGACAAAUCACCGGCCGAAACCGACGCUGGAGAUGCCGAACAGGAUGUCGAUAUGCCAGAUGCCGAUGCCGCUUCCCCUGCUGUUCCACAAAGAUACAUCAGCGCCAUGGAAGUGCAGGCACGCCUAAACGAACUUUUCGUCAAGGAGCAAGAACUGGUCUCACUUCUCUACAGCGCCAAACCACCCACACGAAGCUCGCCAAAGGUCACGCCCGAGAUGUUCUUCAUGACGACAAUUUUGGUUCCACCCAACCGAUAUCGCCCUGAAGCCAGAACUGGAGAGUCUGAGAUUUCCGAGGCGCAGCAGAAUUCUCUUUACAAGAACAUUCUGAGAGGCUGUGGGAGAAUCGCUCAGCUACACUCAGCCCUCAAGGAGGAACGAGCGGAUGUGAAUCAACUACAUCAAGCAUGGACCGAAUUGCAGGAGGCCGUCAACUCGCUCAUCGACAAGGAUAAGAACCCUAUCCAAGGCGCGGCUGGCAAACGCAACGAGGACGGUAUUAAGCAAAAGCUGGAGAAGAAAGAAGGACUUUUCCGAAAAAACAUGAUGGGAAAGCGAGUCAACUAUGCCGCCCGAAGUGUCAUCUCUCCAGAUCCGAACAUCGAGACCAACGAAAUCGGUGUCCCGCCCGUGUUCGCAAAAAAGUUGACAUACCCCGAACCGGUGACGAGCCACAACUUCAGGGACAUGCAACAAGCCGUCAUCAAUGGCGUCGACAAGUGGCCCGGUGCUUUCGCGAUCGAGAAUGAAAACGGCCAGAUCGUGAACCUUCGAAACAAGUCGGUCGACGACCGUAUUUCUUUAGCAAACCAGCUUCUUGCCCCUACAAGCAGCAGUGCGGCACGAACCAGAAACAAGAAGGUCUAUCGUCAUCUUACCAAUGGAGAUGUUGUCUUGAUGAACCGCCAGCCCACUUUGCACAAGCCGUCAAUCAUGGGUCAUCGAGUCCGAGUUCUCCCCGGUGAGAAGACGAUUCGCAUGCACUACGCAAACUGCAACACAUACAACGCCGAUUUUGAUGGUGAUGAGAUGAACAUGCAUUUCCCUCAAAACGAGGUUGCUCGUGCGGAAGCCUUACAGAUUGCCGAUACUGAUCACCAAUAUCUUUCUGGCACGGCAGGCAAGCCACUCCGAGGUCUCAUUCAGGAUCACAUUUCCGUGUCCGUCGCUCUCUGCAGCCGAGAUACCUCCUUCAACCAGGGUGACUACCAACAAUUAGUAUAUAAUGCUCUGCGCCCUGAAAGCGGUCACAUCGUUGGAGAGAGAAUCGAGCUUGUCCCUCCGGCUGUCAUCCGACCUGUUCGCAGAUGGACUGGAAAGCAAAUUAUCACCACUAUCCUCAAGAAUAUGCAACCUACUAACUGCGGCGGCCUUUGUAUGCGAGCAGAGACUCAAAUCAAAGCCGAGCAGUGGGCUAAAAACUCCGAAGAAGGAAUGGUGCUGUUUCAGGAUGGCGAGUUUAUCACGGGAAUUCUGGACAAGUCGCAGAUUGGCCCCAGCUCCGGUGGCAUCAUCCAUGCCGUCCAUGAGAUCUACGGUCCAGCCGUCGCUGGCAAGCUCCUGAGCAGUCUGGGACGAUUGCUAACGAGAUAUCUCAACGUUCGAGCAUUUUCUUGCGGCAUUGACGAUCUGAGAUUGACUCCUGAAGGGGAGCAGGCGCGCAAGGAGGCGCUGAAGGCUGCUGACCAAGUUGGCCUUGAUGUGGCCUCUGGUUAUGUGUCUCUCGAGAAGAACCCAGGGCCCAAUGACCCGUUACUUCUUGAGCGCCUGGAAGAGGUCCAACGUGACGACAACAAGCAGGAAGGCCUGGACAUGUUGAUGAAUCAAGGAACUGCGGCCAUCACAGAUCUCGUUCAGAAGGCAACCAUGCCAAUUGGACUCGAGAAGCCAUUCCCCAAGAAUCAGAUGCAGGCCAUGACGACUUCUGGCGCCAAGGGAUCCAGAGUCAACGCGUCUUUGAUUUCCUGCAACCUUGGACAGCAGGUUCUGGAAGGACGUCGUGUACCCACCAUGGUCAGCGGCAAGUCGCUGCCAUGUUUCCGACCAUUUGAGACUCACGCAAGGGCCGGCGGCUACAUCGUCAACCGCUUCUUGACAGGCAUUCGACCUCAGGAAUACUACUUCCAUCACAUGGCUGGACGAGAAGGUUUGAUUGACACUGCCGUCAAGACUUCCCGAUCAGGCUACCUUCAAAGAUGUGUAAUCAAGGGAAUGGAGGGCCUCACUGUCGCGUACGAUACCACAGUUCGUGAUGCAGAUGGGUCUAUGAUUCAAUUUCUCUACGGCGAGGAUGGUCUUGAUGUCACAAAGCAAAAGUACCUGACCGACUUCAGCUUCAUUCUCGAAAACGUCACCUCGGAGGCUGCCCAGCUUCGAUAUGACCCCAGCGUCGGUGAGCGGUUGGGUGCCAACCGUGACUCGAUUGCCAAAUACAUGAAGAGGGCCAUCAAGCAUGCCAAGGCAAAGGAUCCUAAGGCACAUGAUCCCCUCUCCAGUCUCUUCAACCCGGCCACUACCGCUUUUGCGACGUCUGAGAAGUUCUACGAAGCCAUGACCAACUAUCUCAAGGACAACAAGGACGGUCUAGUCCGAGACAAGAAAGACAAGAAAGAGCAGGCACUCUCUCGGGUGAGCCUCAACCGAAAGAAUGCAGAAAUGUUGUUCGCAAUGAAAUAUCUCCGAUCUCUCGUGGAGCCGGGAGAGGCUGUGGGCAUCGUGGCAGGACAGUCUGUGGGUGAGCCGUCGACUCAGAUGACGCUGAACACCUUCCAUUUGGCUGGACACUCGGCCAAGAACGUCACGCUAGGUAUUCCACGACUACGAGAAAUCUUGAUGACGGCCAGUGAUAAGAUAUCGACACCAUCUAUGUCUAUGUAUCCGAUUGACGAAAUGUCGACUGAGGAUGCCGAGAUAUUUGCCAAGUCCAUCUCGGUACUACCGCUUGGGUUUGUGUUGGAUGAUGUGACGGUGGAGGAGAAGGUCGGACGUGGAAAGAUGUUCGGAAUGGCGAAGAUGUAUCAAGUCCGGCUGAAGUUCUUCCCGUCGGACGAGUAUACCAAGACGUAUGCCAUCAGCAUCGCAGACGUGAUGGGCGCAGUUGAGAAGAAGAUGAUUCGCCGUCUCUUAACGCUGGUCAAGAAGGAGGUCAAGAAACGACAAUCCCAGACUACCAUGGCGACACCUGAGAUCGGAGUAAAGGCUGGAGUGGUUGAAACGGCUGCUCCUAACGCGGAACGGGAGGCCAACCAGGAUGACGACGACGACGAUGAUGAGGGCGACGACGAUGCUACAAAUGCCAAACAGCGGGCAAACCGCAGUGAGGCUGUAUCCUACGGACCCAAUGACGACGAAGACGAUGCCGUCCAGAGGGAGGGCGCAAGAGAUGCGGCGGAUGAGAUGGAUGACGAGGGCUUCGGAGGAAGCCCUCCCCCGACGACCCGCCCAGAGGAAGCCGACGACAACGAUGAAGACGACGAUGGCUCUUGGUCAGCCAAGGCUCGUGCAGAGCGUGUCAUAGACGAGUAUGCCGAAGUGACAGACUUCCAGUGCGACGACAAGACAGGAAGCCGGUGUAACUUCACAUUUGAGUUCGACUCAGCAAUCCCCAAGGUCCUAAUGCUCAACCUGGUGCAAGAGGCAGUGAAGAAGACUGUGAUUCAGGAAAUCUCUGGUGUGGGAGCCUGCACAUUUACUGUGGAGAAGGACGUGAGGGUCAUUCACACGAGCGGCGUAAACCUCCAGGCGAUGCAAAGGUACAGCGACUUUAUCAACCCGAACCGAAUUCAGACCAACGAUAUUGCGGCUGUGCUGGAGGUGUAUGGCGUUGAGGCGGCUCGCAACAAUAUCGUGCAGGAGCUGGCGGGUGUCUUCGGAUCUCACGGCAUCAAGGUGGACAAUCGCCACCUGAAUCUGAUUGCAGACCACAUGACGAGGAACGGUGGAUUCACCCCGUUCAACCGAAUGGGCCUCAAGGGCAAUGUCAGUCCGUUCACCAAGAUGAGUUUCGAGACCACCUUGUCAUUCCUCAAGGACGCCAUGUUGGACGGUGACUGGGAUGAUUUGACGACGCCCAGUAGUCGGUUGGUGAUGGGCAGGUUAGGAAAAGUAGGCACAGGCGGGUUUGAUGUUUUGGCACAGCUUCCGACAUAUCAUGUUGAUUCUUUGGCGUAG